GCGUGCGUCUGUGGUUUGCUGUCAAGAUUUGUAAACGAAUGUUUAUUUCUUUUGGUAAAAAUUAAAUCUGUGACAGUGAAAUUAAUUGUUAAGUAUGUUAGUAACGUCGUGACUAGUUAAUGGCGUUUUAAGUGGUCUUCCAUAACUUUUCAAAUGCAAUAUUAUUGACAACCAAGAUGACAGAUUGUCAAACAACAGAAACAGUUGACGAUGCUAUGAAAGAUUAUGAAUUCGAUGGUCAAUCUUACAUAUACAAGGAUCCUACAACUAAUGUAGUAUAUAGGUUCGACCAAGAGAAGAAUGAGUGGGUGGUGAAAGAAAAUAUAGAAACAAAAACAGAGGAUGAAAAUGUUGAUGCAGUCAAGAAGGAAGGAGUGUUUGGCUUUGAAAAUGAUACCCAUACAUAUACAGACCCUAAUGAUGGCAGUGUAUACUUUUGGGACAAAGAGAAGAAUGCUUGGUUCCCAAAGGUAGAUGAAGAUUUCAUGGCAAGAUAUCAAAUGAGUUAUGGAUUCACAGAUUCAAGUCAGACAGAAACAAAAUCUGUAGAACAAUCUCAGGAAGCAGCAAAAGUGGAGAAAGAGAAAAGGAAAAUCGAGGCUAAAAAGAAAGCACAGGAGCCACCAACUUGGUUUGAAGUAGAUGAAGCACAUAAUACUGCUAUUUACAUGUCUGGUCUACCAUUAGACAUCACCAUGGAGGAGCUUACAGCACUUUUCAAUAAAUGUGGCCUCAUAGCACGAGAUGAGAAAGGAAAGAACAGGAUCAAGUUAUACAAAGAUUCAAAUGGGCAACCAAAGGGCGACGCUCUCUGUAUCUACAUAAAGGUGGAAUCAGUUGAUUUGGCGUUGAAGUUACUGGACGGCUCACAGAUAGGGGGUAAAACGCUGUCUGUUCAAAGGGCGAAGUUUCAAAUGAAAGGUGACUCUUACGAUCCAGCCUUGAAACCGAAGCGGAAAAGGAAGGAUAAGGACAGACAAAAGAAAAUCCACGAAAAACUGUUCGAUUGGAGACCAGAACGUGCACUAGGUGAACCGCUGAAGCACGAAAGAGUUGUAAUUAUUAAAAAUCUCUUUUCGCCGGAGGAUUUCGACAAAGAAGUUGCCUUGUUACUCGAAUAUCAGCAAGAUAUCAGAUCCGAAUGCCUAAAAUGCGGUGAUGUCCGGAAAGUUGUUAUUUACGACAGACAUCCAGAAGGUGUUGCACAGGUGACAUUCCGUGAACCUACAGAAGCUCAAGCUUGUGUCCAGCUGUUGAACGGCCGUUGGUUCAGUCAGAGGAAAAUAUCUGCUGAAAUCUGGGAUGGGAAGAAGAAAUACAAGGUCAAUGAAACUGACGAACAAAUUGAAGCCCGAAUUGAUAAGUGGUCUAAGUAUCUUGACGACGAAGAGGAAGCGGAAGAAGAAAAGUCCCGUAAGAAGGGAAGAGAAGAGCAGAAGCCAGGUGAGGAAAAGUCAGAAACAAAAGUACCCGACCUACCUGAAACGACGAAAAAAUCGAAAAACACUGAUGAGCAACGCCUAAAAAAUGUGAGAAAGCCUAAAACGACACCAAAAGCAGAAUCAUCGUCAAAUUCUGAGGGAUCGGAUUAGAUAAUCCGAAAAUAGUAAAGAAGAAUAACAAAAUAAAAAACUUUUAAACAAGACUAACCAAGAGUAACGUUGACGAUCGCAAUUAGAAAUAUU